AUGGGGAUCCUGGUGCAGAUCUUGCCACGGGAGGGUGUGGUUCAAGCGGUAGAUGUGUCUGCACGGCAUCUUGCGGGCCCCCGAUCGAGCCUGGAGACAUCCGUGCAUGCCUGCAGCGUGCAUUGUUGGCCGACAGCAGACCAAAGGCCUCGACACGAUGGCGCACCCUUGCUAGCGGAGACGCAGAAGUCGGGGAGAAGAAGUUCAGACGAAUGCAAGGAGCAGGAGGAGAAGGCCGACACGUGGCACCGCCUCGAGAGGACCACCGGCAGGUUCCUCCGCCGGUUCAGGCUGCCGGAGAACGCCAGGAUGGACCAGGUGAGGGCCACCAUGGAGAACGGCGUGCUUACCGUUGUGGUUCCCAAGGAGGAGGAGGCGAAGAAGCCCGAGGUUAAAGCCAUCGACAUCUCGGGCUGA